CUUUUAAAUUGACAGUACCAGCCACGGACCAACGGCAGAAAUAGAUCCGACUGUCGCGGAUUUGCUACGAUAACGGAUUAAAAUCCAAGUCUUUGCUGAAACACUUUGCAGACAUAAUAUAAAUAACAGGCAGCUGCUCUCCGUACGCUUCUCCGCGUUUCUCACGGAGAUCCGCGGCUCCCGUCGUUUGAGACGCUAUAAACAAUAAUAACAAUGGCUUCUGGUUCGCCGUCGUCCUCUCCGGACACCGCGACGGGCUCAGGUACGGAUCCAGCCCGGCCCGACACAGGAGAGCCCCUCGGUGGAGCAGGCUCGGACUCGGAUUCGGACUUGGGUUUGAGUAAAUUUGACUGCAGCGCCAUGGAGGUGGGGGACCGGCUGGAGGGAGAAGAGCUGGAGCGCGAGUUCGAGUCUGCCGCCGACCGCGUAAAAGACUUGAUACAGACGGCCAGCAGGGACCAGCUGCUGUACCUGUACGCUCGCUACAAACAGGUCAAAGUGGGGAAGUGCAAUACACCAAAACCUGGUUUCUUUGACUUUGAAGGACAAAGAAAAUGGCAAGCCUGGAAGCAGCUUGGAGACAUGGAUCAGGAACAAGCAAUGCAAGAGUAUAUUUCCUGUGUCAACAUCUUAGACCCUGAAGGCAGCACGAAGGAAAGACGAGGAGCGGAAAGGAGAACAGGCUUCGGAGCAGCAGUCAGUUCCCUAUACCAAGAAGAGAUGAUCAGGGAAGAGGAUAAGAACAUCUUUGACUACUGCAGAGACAAUAACAUCGAAUACAUCACCAACGCCAUCACCUCCCAGAACGUGGACGUCAAUAUAAGGGAUGAAGAGGGCCGGGCUCUCCUGCACUGGGCCUGUGACAGAGGCCACAAGGAGAUGGUGUCUUUAUUACUACAGCACAAAGCAGAAAUCAACAUUCAGGACGAUGAAGGACAGACGGCGUUGCAUUAUGCUUCAGCGUGUGAAUUUGUUGAAAUUGUGGAUCUGCUGCUGAAAUCUGGAGCUGACCCAACUAUCACAGACCAGGAAGGUUGUCUUCCUGAGGAGGUCACUGAUUCCCGUGCAAUCUCCCUUCUCCUGCGUGGGUACACUACUUCGAAAGGCUGAAUCGGCCUUGCAUCCCACCACCCUGUUAUUCCAAUCUCCUAGUCUCCUCCCUGCUCCCCUCUUUUGCCCAGCCUUCCCAUAAUCCCUCAUUCAUCCCUGCAGAGACUUCUUUUCCCCUUUUCAGCCCUAACAGUCUGUAGACCUGGACUGCAGACAGGUUUUGUUUUCUAUUUUGUCUUUUUUUUUGUUUUUUUUUCCUCUCCCCCACCCAAAUUGUUGAGGUGACUUUGAUUUCAUUGGUUUAGCUCUUUUUGAGCUACGGUUGUAAACAUUAGUCAUUCAAUUUAAUACACAAGGGCACUGCAUGUAUUUUCAGUCUUCUAUAUACUGUAUUGACUAUCUGCACAGUAGGGUUGGGUGAUAUGACGGUUACUGUAAGACAGAUUUAUGAACUGAUAAGGUAUAGCUACGAGACUUUGACUGGAAAUGGUGCAAUUAAAUGAGCUGGACAGCAUAUUGGCAAUAUAUAAAUGACAUUGUGUGCAUCUGUGUGUUAAAGCAUCUGUAUUUAUCCGGCAUCACCAGAUCAAGCAAAAACAGACAUCCCCAUUCACUUAUCUAUAAACGCUAUAAGAUAUCACAAUAUUUAUCAUCAUCACGACAUGGUGUAACAUCCAAAUCCAUCAGAGAAUCCCAUACAUAUCACCCACUCCUACUGCAACCAGCCAGGCCUUUUAAUCAGUUUAGUCUGUUCUAGUGGUUUGUUCAUGAUUCUGUUAGGUACCAAGGAAUGCUUUCCACGUGUUUCAUUAAAGUGUUCUGCAAAUCUG